AACGCACAGAAAAAAAAAAUUGAUAUUCAACUUCUUUUUCUUCUUCUUUCUUUCACUUGCGGCGGUUCAUUUCUCAAAUCGAACCCUAAUUUUCACCGAUUUCGCCCACUGUCGGAAUUUCUUGCGAGACUCUGUUGUUCUGGUGUGUUGUAUAACAAUCCUUUCAAAGAAACGUUCUAUUGAUUCAUUUAUCGUUUCGAAUUUUGUGGCGGAUGCGUUUAUUUGAAGGUCGGUGGUGGCCUGGUCGUGGAGCACUUGUCGGAGUUGAUUUUUGAUUAAAUAGGUUAAUUGAUGCCGCCGGAGCCAUUGCCGUUCGAUCGGAAGGACUUCUUCAAAGAGAGGAAACCGUCGUCUUCGGACCCGGCAGGGGUUGUCCCGGCUCGAUGGAGAGAGCCGCCUACCACUCCAUCUUCUCACCCUAACAACCACGGGCCUUUCUCUUAUCGUUUGGGCGGUGCUGGUGGAUCCUCUGAUUUCCGCCGACCCAUUUCUGGUUUGAAUAUUGCUGCUGAAGGUCAUGGUAAGCAGGUUGGCGGUGGUUGGCACGCUACAGCAGUGGAAUCUGGGCCGCGUGAGGACAAGUUAUGCAGGAACGAUAGCAGUAGAGAAAAUAAUCAUAGCAGUAGUGGGGCGUUGGCCUCCAUCAGUCAGAAAGACCGAAAAGGAGGAAACUCUAGGGAGACCACUGUUUCACCACAUGGCAAUUUUCAUCCCCAUCCCGACUUUAUAAAUUCGUGGGACCAACUUCAGUCCAAAGACCUACAUGACAAGAACAAUGGUGGUGGGGUUUGUACUACAGGAGGCCAGAGACUCGAGAAUGAGAGUUCAUUGGGAUCUUCAAUUGAUUGGAAGCCUCUCAAAUGGAUUCGAUCCGGAAGCUUAUCAUCAAGAGGUUCUGGUUUCAGUCAUUCAAGUAGCUCUAAGAGCAUUGGGAUGGAUUCCCUUGAUAUGAAGAUAGAUGUUCCACCAGGUAACAGCACCCCUCUUCAAUCACCUUCUGGGGAUGCUGGCCCCUGUCUGACACCAAGAACUCCUGCUGAUGAGGUUAGCUCCCGUAAAAAGCCUCGUCUUGGAUGGGGUGAGGGGCUGGCCAAAUAUGAGAAAAAGAAGGUUGGUCCUGAUGAUAUUGUUGAUAAAGAUGCUGAAACAAAAAAUGGAACAGUUGAUGGUGUCAGCAGCUUAGAACCCUUGCUUCCUAGUCCUAAUCUGCCUGAUAAAAGCCCCAGCCUUAAUGGUUGCUCAGAAUGUGCAUCUCCUGCUACUCCAUACUCGUUUGCUUGCAGUUCAUCUCCAGGUCUAGAAGAGAAGGCAUCAACAAAGACAGCUGCAAUUGAUAAUGAUAUUUGCAAUCCUUGUGUUCCCUCCUGUCAUGUGUCUCAUGAGCACACAGAGGGAUCCACAUUCAAUUUGGAGAAUCUGGAACUUACAGAAGUAGUUAAUUUGAGCUCCUCACUUAACGAACUGCUGCAAUCUGAUGAUACAAGCGGCCCGACAUCUGGUUUUGUAAGAUCUACUGCGAUGGACAAGUUACAGGUAUGGAAAGCGGACAUUUCAAGGACACUCGAAAUCACAGAAUCUGAAAUAGAUUCGCUUGAGAAUGAAUUGAAGUUGUUGGUAUCUGAUGUUGGAGGUUCGUGUUCUCUUCCUGCUGCUUCCUGUUCUUUACCGACAAAAUGCAAUGUUAAGAAUACAGACAGAAUAUCUGGAUCUCUGCCCUUGAGAAUCAUUGCUUCAGGAGAUACGCUUACUGAGAAGGCUGAUGGUUCUGUAGAACUUGCCGGAGUGGAAGAUUUAGAUAGAGAAAGUCCAGGCACAGCAACAUCUAAAUUUGUGGAACCGUUUACUUUGUGUGACAUUACCCCUUCUGAUGUAGUGGAACAAAGGGAUUCUUCGUGCAUUUUGCAUAUAAGAUCUGAGAACAUGGAAGCCAAAUGCUCUGGAGAUAACGUUUGCAAUGAUAUAUUAGGUGUUGUAACUGCUUGUGGGGAUGGUAGCCAGCUUCCAGCAGAUGGUUGCAUGUCCUUGGUACCCGUUAGUGGUGAUGUACAUUAUAGUAGAACAGAUAACUUAUAUGAGUUGGUAUUUGAUUCGAACAAAGUUUUAGCAAGUGUAGCAUCCGAUGAGUUUAGGAAGUUAUUGCCAAGCAAUCAAUGGUGUAACUAUACUCCGAGAGUCACUAAUGACUCACAGAUUAAGGAAAAGUUUGCUAUGAGGAAGCGUUUCUUAAAAUUCAAGGAAAGGGCCAUCACUCUCAAGUUUCGAGCGUUUCAGUACCUCUGGAAAGAAGAUCUUCGUUUGCUUUCUGUACCAAGAUUUGGCGCAAAGUCACAGAAAAAGUUCGAAUUGAGCUCUCGUAUGGGGUAUCCUGAUUAUCAAAAGCACCGGUCUUCCAUUCGUUCUCGUUUCUCUUAUCCUGAUGGGAAUUUGAGCCUGGUUCCCACCAGGGAGAUAAUUGAUUAUGCAAGCAAGCUGCUUUCUGAUUCACAUGUCAGAGUUCACAGGAAUACACUGAAGAUGCCUUCUCUAAUACUAGACAAGAGGGAACGUGCAACCUCGAGGUUCAUUUCAGAUAAUGGGUUAGUGGAGAACCCUUGUGAUGUUGAGUUGGAAAGGUCUGUUAUCAAUCCUUGGACUUCAGAAGAGAAGGAAAUCUUUUUGGAUAAGUUCUCUUUGUUCGGAAAAGACUUCAGAAGCAUCGCAUCUUUUCUUGAACACAAAACAGUUGCUGAUUGUGUUGAGUUUUACUACAAAAAUCAUAAGUCUGAUCGUUUUCAGAAAACAAAGAAACAUCCGGAGUUCGCAAAACAAGGGAAGUCUCAUUCUACUAAUACGUACUUGGUCACAUCUGGGAAAAGAUGGAACCGGGAGAUGAAUGCUGCUUCACUUGACAUGCUUGGUGCAGCUUCAGCCAUGGCUGCUAAUGUGGAUGGUGGGAAGGAAAGGCGACAGAAAUGUCCUUCAAAGUUUUACAUUGGCACAUCCAGGGAUCACAAACUACAACGGGUUGAUGGUGGCAUCUUAGAGAGGUCAGAUAAUCUUGUAAUGUCUUGUAAUGAGCGGGAAACAGCUGCGGCUGAUGUAUUGGCUGGGAUUUGUGGGUCUAUAUCAUCCGAAGCUUUGAGUUCUUGCAUCACAAGCUUGGCUGACCCUGGAGAUGUCUAUCACCAAGACCGGAUAUGCCAGAAACUGGGUGGUUCUUCAACUAGACAGCCUGCAACACCCGAUGGCUCACAAAAUGAUGUUGAUGAGGAGACUUGUUCGGAUGAUAGUUGUGGAGGAGAGAUGGGUCCUUCUGAUUGGACGGAUGAAGAGAAGUCGAGUUUCUUACAUGCAUUGAGAUCUUAUGGUAAGGAUUUCUCAAUGAUUUCACGAUGCAUGAGAACAAGGUCAAGAGAUCAGUGCAAAGUCUUUUUCAGCAAGGCUCGAAAAUGCCUUGGAUUGGAUGCCAUCUAUCUUGAACGAGGCAAAGAAGGUACAAUGGGUGGCAAUCGAGGGGGUGGGAGUGAUCAUGAUGAUACUUGCAUGGUGGAUAGUGGGUCAGUUAUAUCUUGCGAUAAGUCAUCUUCAGAAUUUAAGGUGGAUGUAGAGGACCUGCACUCAUCUGAUUCAAAGCAAGAACUUGCUGAAUCUGAUAGGAUUGUAGCAAGCAGAGAGUCCGAGUUUGGGUCAGAGAAUUUGGUAUCACAUGGUUGUGAGGCAGAAAAUAAGCCUGAAAUAGACUUGGUUGGCGGAAAGAAUUCAAAUGGUAAUUUUGAGGAAGCUGCCGAUAGUGAAGCUACUGGAGCUGCCAACAUAGAGGAGGCCUCACGAAAUACAUAUUCUGAAGGGUCUGUUAGAGAAACAAAUGACCAAGCCUCUGCAUCAGGUGCCAAAGCCGAAGUUGACACAGUUGACAAGGUGUCUUCUAAGAUUUGUAGAGAAGAAAUCCAGGAAUCUGAACAUCAGUUGGCCAGUUGGAACAGCAACACUAGCGAAGUAAGAGCAUUAAAUGCGUGUUCAGCUGAGGACCUUAAUUCUGCUUCCCAUUACUCUAGAGGUAGUUCUUUGGACUUAAGCAUUGAUCCCGGGAACAGUCUGGAGUUGAAUGGUGUAGAAAAUCCUUGUGAGGGGAAUAAUGGUUUUCUGGCAUCAAAUUUGGUUUGCCGAGAUCCAAUUGUGUCUCCUCAUAGGAAGACUCUUAGCCAGGACGAUACAUCAUCAGGCAGCCUCUCUUUCAGGAAGAGCUUGUCUCAAAGGUCUUCCAGUACUGAUGGUUAUCAUCUGCAUCUUCCCAAACAUUCAUUGAUGGAUUGUGUGGAAUCCUCCCAUAUUCUCAGGGGAUACCCUGUUACAGUGUCAACUAACAAAGGAGUGAGUGGAAGUCUUGGGCAAAACGAGUUUAAGUUGGACAAGAGUCUUCCACUGGAGCAGUGCUUGCCACGGGAUUGCUCUCUUCAGAUGUGCACCUCCUCAUUAUCUCAUGAACAGAGACAAGGGGAAGUGGGAAAGCCAGGUGAUGUGAAGCUUUUUGGUCAGAUCUUAACUAAUCCUUUGUCAAAUGGUAAGUUUGAAAAACCAAAUGGCAGAAAAUCUUUUAACUUGAAGUUUGAUAAUCGUAGUUCGGAUAGGAACUUAGCUUCACUGGAUCUUGAUAACCAUGGUUUUGGUGUGAAGAAGAAUGUUCCCUUGAGGAGUUAUGGGUUUUGGGAUGGGAACAGAAUACAGACUGGGUUUUCUUCUUUGCCUCCUGAUUCUUCUGUCUUGUUGGCUAAAUAUCCGGCUGCUUUUGGUAACACCACCAAGUUGGAAGAGUCUCAUUCUUUCGUAAAUGAACAACUAAAGGGUUUCCACCAGAGUAGAGAAGUGAACAGAUGUUCCAACUAUCAUAAUGCGUACAUGAGCCAGGAAGGCAUACAGCCUUUUACAGUAGAUAAAUUGUUGUUAUCUGAGAUACCUAGACGGAAAGAUUCAGAGGGAGGAAGGGUAAUGGUUUCGGACCCAGUGGCAGCCAUUAGAAUGCAUUAUGCAAAAACAACAGAACAGUACAAGAAUGGCAAUAGCAAUAGCAGAUGAAAUUAAGCAAGGGUUUUGUGUAUUAUAAUAUAUGGUUUUGUUUCUGGGAUGGGGUGGGAUGGCAUGGCAUACAAGUGCCGUCUUUUUUGGUAAUUUUAGGUGCUUUUGGAAUAUUUGCAGCAGCAGUAGCAGCUUUGUAUUUUGUUGUACUUAUCAAAACACAAUAAUUACUGUGUCAAAUGUUGUAGGAGAAAAGAAGGUUGCAGGCAUACUUCUUCUCCCCUUAAUUGUUGUCUUUUUAUCUAAACAGGUCAUGAAGGAAGGAAGGAAGCCUUGUUUAUUUGGUGUUU